AGUUGGUCCAUUCUGUUAUGUGUCGUGUCUGCUAGAGCUGUGGCAGUACAAUGAAACCAUCAUUCGUUCUCUGACAGCCUUGGACAUAAUAACGAUGGUUAAUAGAACUGUUGUCAGCUCAGUGUCUGGAGUUGAUGUCCAAACACUUCUUGGUGGGGACCUCUUCUACAAUGAUCAGGGUAUGUUGACUGCUGCAGCGGCUACUUACAUCACUUGGGUAUUGAAGAAAGAAUCAGAUAAUUCAGAUGCAGCAGAGUUUGAGAGGGUUAUGAUUGUCAAAGCAUUGGGAGGCCACAAGAAUAUCUCUGGCACUUACGUCUAUGCUUCUCGCAGCUUUGAUGAUGAAGGGUACGGUGCCAUCAACAGCGACUACAAACUGCUCUUUGCAGGCUUCAGUAUUGUGUUUUUAUUCAUCUUACUGUCCCUGGGCAAGUUCAACUUGAUGGAGCAGAAGAUCUACCUGUCUUUGGCUGGAAUGGCUUGUGUAGGACUAGCAAUCUUGGCUGCUUAUGGCUUGGCGACAGGCUUUGGUGUCAUGUACAGUCCCAUUCAGUCUAUAAUGCCAUUCCUUCUGCUCGGCAUUGGUGUAGAUGACAUGUUUGUAAUCAUUGAAAGCUGGAAGAACCUCACUCCAGAGGAAGAGAAACUAAGUGUACCCAGCAAACUGGCUGUGACGUUGAGUAAAGCUGGGGUUUCCAUCACUGUGACCUCCCUGACUGAUGUUGUUGCUUUUGGAAUAGGUGCCACUACAACAAUCCCUGCCCUGAGUUCAUUUUGCAUCUACGCCACCCUGGGUAUCUUCGUUCUGUAUGUUCUGGUUUCAACCGUGUUUGCUGGGGUGCUUGCCCUUGAUGAACGACGAAGACAAGCCCACAGAGAUGCCUGCCUGUGUUGUUACAGACACAGUGAUAACUACACACCCAACAGGUGCGGCAGUGGGAAAUCGUUUCUGCAGACAGUUUUUGGCAGCUUAUAUGGGCCUUUCCUAACGAAGCUGCCAGUGAAGAUCAUAGUCAUUGCAGUGACAUUUUCUUUAGCAGCUUUGGGAUGUUGGAGGUUUGUUCAGAUGAAGCAGGAUUUUGAUCUGAUAAACUACAUACCAAGGACCUCAUAUGCUUAUACGUAUGCACGUACAAAACAGUCUUACUUUAAUAGAGAUGGAGUAGAUGCCACCAUUUACUGUAGUAGUUUGAAUUACUUCGAAGAGAGGGACCACUUGAAAGAAAUGCAUUCCAGAAUCUCACAGAGCCACUUUGUCCAAAAGGGAACUAUCAAUUCUUGGUUUACAACUUUUACAGCCAUAGCCCAGCAGUCAGGCUGGAAUAUAACUUCAGAGACACAGUUUUACAGCAGGCUCUACAGUUUUCUACAGACUCCCACAGGGCAGAGAUUUGCUUCCUUCAUCAAGCUCAACUCUACCAGCGAGCCUGUCUCCAUGCUGGCUUCUUACAUCAACCUAAGACACACUCGCCAGCCAGACUCUGCACACGACGUCAUGUCUAUGGACAAUAUACGGGACAUCAUAGACACCUCCGGGUUGCCAAAGUUUGGAGGCAAGGACAUGCCAGAGUAUAUGUGCUUUGCUUAUUCUAGGGACUACAUGACUUUUGAGACAAACAAGGUUCUGCAGGUGGAAUUAUAUCGUAACUUGGGAAUGUCCGCAGCUGCCGUGUUCCUGGUCACGCUGAUCUUGAUAGCCAACUUGUGGACAAGCCUGCUGGUUUUUGUCUGUGUUAUAUUUACAAUAGUUGAUGUGGGCGGAGCCCUGGAGAUGUGGGGUGUCACCAUAGACACAGCCAGCAGCAUCCUGCUGACCCUGUCUGUUGGCCUGGCAGUCGACUACUCCGCUCAUGUGGGCCACACUUUCAUGACAGUCAGUGGAUCUAAAAACGAUAGAGUGAUUGUAACCUUAAAGCUGAUUGGUCCAGCAGUGUUUAACGGAGGCUUCAGCACAUUUUUGGCCUUUGUUUUGUUAGCAGACAGCGCCAGUUAUGGAUUCCAGAUGUUUUUUAAAGUAUUCGUCACUGUUGUUGUGUUUGGCCUCUUUCAUGGCCUGGCUUUCCUGCCAGUGGUUCUCAGCUUAAUUGGAGCAGAGCCCUACAAACACUCUGAUGAGGUGCCCAGUGCCUACAAACACCCUGAUGAGGUACCCAGUAGUAUGUCCGUACUUGUGAACAAAUCCAGCACAGAGGACAGUGAGAACCAUAUAUCAGAGCAGAAAGGAGAGUCACUUCCAGCAGGACACACUGAGGUAAACAAAUGUUGCACAAUUUCAUGUGGAGAAUAG